AUGUUAGCUAUUCGCGCCAUUUCUCAAAAUUUCAACUCUCUGCUGUUCUCUACUUCGUUCCUCAAUCUCCACAUUAAGUUCCUAAAAUCCUCUAAAAGAUUCUUACGUAUCACGAAUUAUGCGCACUAUACCAGCCUAUCUUACAAAUUUUUGCUUUCUAAUCAUCUUCGCGACGGAAGAUUAGACGAAGCUUGCAUGCUUUUCGAUAGCAUAACUUUUCCUGAUGUUAAUCUCUAUACCCUGAUGAUUGUUGCUUAUGGUCGAAAUAACAGGCUUGUUGAUGCGCUGAAACUGUUCGAAAAAAUGCCGAUGAGAGAUGUAAUCUCCUGGAAUUCUAUGAUAAAAGCUUGUUUAGAUUGUGGGGAUUUAGAUAUGGCUAGGAAGAUUUUUAGGGAAAUGCCAGAGAAGAAUGUUGUUUCCUGGACGACCAUGAUUAAUGGGUAUUUUCAGUUUGGGAGAGUUGAUGUGGCGGAGAGGAUGUUUCGUGAGAUGCUGGUGAAGGAUGUUGCAGCAUGGAAUUCAAUGGUCGGUGGGUAUUUACAGUUUGGGAGAGUUGAUGAUGCUCUCAAGUUGUUUGAGAAAAUGCCUUGUAGGAAUAUCAUUUCGUGGACUUCAUUGAUUGGAGGGCUUGACCAGAAUGGGAAGAGCCAGGAGGCUUUGUGUGUUUUCAGGAAGAUGUUGGGUUCGAGUGUUCAUCCCACUUCAAGCACGUUUGCUUGUGUACUGACUGCUUGUGCUAAUGCAUUGAGUUCCCACCAGGGUGAACAGAUUCAUGGCCAUGUUAUUAAGACGGGUUUCUGUUUUGAUGAGUUCAUAUCUGCCUCACUCAUAACCUUUUAUGCUAACUGCAGGCAGAUUCUAUGUUCAAGGAAGGUGUUUGAUGAGACAUUGCAAAGGAACGUGGUUAUAUGGACUGCUCUUUUGACAGGUUAUGGCUUGAAUGGCAUGCAUGAAGAGGCACUUAAACUUUUCUCUGACAUGAUAAGAAUGAGAGUGCUACCAAAUCAAUCUACACUAACCAGUGCCUUGAAUGCAUGCUGUGGACUAGAAGCUUUUGAUUGGGGUAAAGAAAUCCACACUGUUGUUGUCAAACUAGGUUUUGAAACCAAAGCUUUUGUGAGUAAUUCACUUAUUGUGAUGUACUCUGAAGGUGGAAAAGUAUAUGAUGCUGUUGCUGUAUUUAAGAAAAUUGAUUGUAAGAACAUGGUCUCAUGGAACUCAGUAAUUGUUGGAUGUGCACAACAUGGACGGGGCAUGUGGGCACUGACAGUUUUUAACCAAAUGUAUGCUUCUGCUGGCAAAUGGAGUGAUGCUUUAAGAGUCAGAACUAUGAUGAAGGAGAGAGGGGUCAUGAAGCAACCAGGAUGCAGUUGGGUAAUUCUGAAAGGACAGAGACACGAAUUUCUUUCUGGAGAUAGUUUCCAUCCUCAUAGUGAAAAAAUACGUGGAAAGUUGGAGUGGUUGAGUGGGAAGUUGAAGGAAGUUGGUUAUGUUCCUGACCAAAGGUUUGCUUUACAUGACGUUGAGGAUGAACAGAAGGAAGAGAUGCUGUGGCAUCACAGUGAGAGGCUAGCUAUUGGAUUUGCACUGGUCAAUACUGUUGAAGGAACUAGUAUAAUAGUGAUGAAGAACAUUCGUGUAUGUGGGGAUUGUCAUUCUGCCAUAAAACUUAUUGCCAAGAUUGUUGGUCGUGAGAUUGUGGUGCGAGAUUCUAGCCGUUUUCAUCAUUUCAAGGAUGGUAGAUGCUCUUGUGGGGAUUAUUGGUAGCAAUGUACUGGCUUUACCUGUGGCCAAGAGCUGUUAGCUCAAUCUGCAAAUCUUAAUCUUCAAAAAGGAAGACAUUUGGGUUGCAUGAAAAUACAAUUCAUCAAAAGGGUGAUCUUGGUAUUUUGACUAAUGUUCAAGGACUGGUACAGACAGGGAACUGACAUGGAGGUGAACUAGGUUCCUCCGUGAAGGAUCAAGAUAGUGCCAAGAAAAUGUGGUUAUUAUGAUGAAGGUGAGGGUUUGAAAAAGAGAAAAAGUAUCAGCCAUUUGAACUCGAAAAUCCAGCUCUAUGGCUUCCUAGUUAAGUUCAUGAUCUUGUUUUCUCCAUAUAAAAAAGAAUUACUGAAGUUGCAGGAUUUACUCAAGUUGCACAGGUUGAUCAUGAAAAGAAUUUUACACGGACCUGCAAGUUUAUUCCUCUUCUGAAAAUGAUGAACAGCAAACUAAGAGAUUUUAGGAGGUGAGAGUUGAUGAUAAUGAAAUAAUCAAGGCAACCAAUCCUACGAAACCCGACUGAUAAGCUUUCUUCCCAUCUGUUUUCUGGAAAAUGUUGUAAAUCUGCAAUGGGUAGUGAAGCAUUCUGACCCACUGAAACAUUGAGGGAGUAGUCAUAAGCUCUGCGAAUUCUUGGGUUGAACAGUGUUAAAAUGAAACUAAAGAGAUAGAUAGAAGUGAAGACAAUCAGGUUUUCUAGUAGUUGGAUGUGUAUGAAGGUUUCGACAAAGUAAAAGUG